AUGAACGUGUCAGCAAAGUCUCCGGUGCUCAGCUUCAGUCGUUUGGGCUUCUACUUCCUUAGCCUCCUCUUUGGUCUUCUUCUCCAAAGUGCCACAGGGAGGGAACUGCAGUUUGUGAUUUCAGUUUUUCGACAUGGUGACAGAACCCCUGUUUCAACUUUCCCCACCAAUACAGUCAAGGAAAAUGUUUGGCCGCAGGGAUAUGGACAACUCACCAAGAUUGGAAUGCAGCAGCAAUACGAGCUUGGGGUAUUCACCAAAGAGAGAUACAAGCACUUCUUAAGUAAGGCGUACAACCGAAAGGAGAUUUAUGUCCGAAGCACAGAUUAUGAUCGAACCAUUAUGAGUGCUCAAGCCAAUCUGGCCGGUCUCUUUCCUCCUACGUACAGCGAGAUCUGGAACGAGAAUAUCCUUUGGCAACCUAUUCCAGUUCAUACUGUGCCUCGUUCGGAUGAAAAGCUGUUAUCAUAUCCUAUUGGGGGCUGUCCACGUUUUUAUCAACUUCUAAAGGAAACGAUGGCAGACAAAACAUUCCAGGCCUUACUGAAGGGACAAAUGAAAUUUCUAGCUCGAUUGGCUGCUAACGUGGGAUAUGACUUGAAGACUUUACUGGAUUUUAACAAUCACAAACUCUGGAAUGUGUAUGAUGCUUUAUUAGUUCAGAAAAUCCAUAAACAAGCUAGGCAACAAUGGGCUGGUGCCCAUGCCAUGAAAACAUUGGGAAAACUGAUGGAGCAUUCCUUAAGUGCCAUAUUUGGGGGAUACAAACAUGUAGAGAAAUCACGACUACAAGGAGGUGUCUUUGUGAAAGCUAUUCUGGAGAAACUCAAAAAAAUUGCUCAGACGCCUAGUGGAGAAAAAAUGAUACUGUAUUCAGCGCAUGACAUCACAAUAGCUGCCCUCCAGUCAUCACUCGGUGUUUUCAAUGGAAAACUGCCUCCCUAUGCUGCUUGUCACUAUUUUGAACUAUAUAAAGAAGGCAAUGGAGUCUUCACCGUGCAAAUGUACUAUCGGAACAGCACUUCCGCUCCACCCCAUCUGCUCACUAUGCCAGGCUGCUCAGGAGCUUGCUCACUGGAGAAGUUUGAAGAACUGGUUUCUCCUAUCAUAACAGACAACUGGAACCAAGAAUGUAAUAGUCAAAUGAGCACACCCCUUUAGUUAAGAAUGAAGACUGCAGUCAAAGGAAGGGCAAAGGAGGAAGUCAACACCAGGAGUGGAAGGCAACAGGAU